AUGAGCUACAACCUUUUUCUCCUGGCUUUUGUCCUGGGCAUGACUGGAACCUUCCACUAUGGAUUGCAGGUCUCCAUUAUCAAUUCUCCUGCUGAGUACAUCCAAAGUUUCAUCCGUGAGACCUGGCUGAAGAGAUAUGGCUCCUCUCCCAGUGCAGAGAUGAUCACUUUGAUGUGGUCCCUCAUUGUGUCCAUUUACAGCAUUGGUGGGCUCCUGGGAUCCUCAUCUGCUGGGUAUUUGUCUGUUAGAUUUGGAAGGAAGAAGGCCAUGCUGCUUGCCAACAUCCCUGCUCUGCUGGGUGCAGCUCUGAUGGGACUCAGCCGGCUCUGUGGAUCUUUUGAGAUGAUCAUUGCUGGAAGGUUAUUUUCUGGAGUCUGUGGAGGUUUAACUCAGAAUGUCCAUAUCAUGUACGCUGGGGAAUGUGCCCCACGGAAGCUCCGCGGGCUGAUUGCCAUAACAGCUUCUACCUUCUCUGCUAUGGGAAAAUUUGUAGGAUUUGCUCUGGGUCUCAGAGAAGUUCUUGGCGUGGAGGCUCUCUGGCCAAUUCUCCUGGCAGCCAAUGCAGUCCCUGCCCUUGCUCAGCUUCUCACCCUCCCCUUCUUCCCAGACUCUCCCCGCUACCUGCUCAUUGACCAAAAGGACAAGGAGGGAUGCAUCAAAGCCGUGAAGCAGCUCUGGGGGGAUGGGGACCAUCUGGCUGAAAUAAAUGACAUGAUGUCAGAGCAGAGAGCCAUCGGUGGGGAGAAGGUGAAGAGCGUUUGGGACCUGCUGCGGGACAGAGCCGUGCGCUGGCAGCUCAUCACUCUGCUCCUCGUGGUCUCCUGCAUCCAGCUCGUCGGGGCCAACGUGAUUUACUCUUAUGCAUACAGUAUCUUUACAAAGGCUGGAAUCCCCCCUGCUCAAACCCAUUAUGUCUCCCUGGGGAUUGGGACCACUGAGAUCUUCUCCACAGUUCUAUGUGGCUUCCUCAUCGAGCGUGCAGGGAGGAAGACACUGCUGUGGAAAAACUACACAGUGAUGGCCUUGGCUCUAGGGCUCCUCACAGUCACGCUCUCACUGCAGGACUCCUUUUUCUGGGUACCAUACUGCUCUGUUACACUUGUCUUUAUUUUCAUCAUGAGCUUUGGCAUUGGGCCAGGUGGAGUAGCAUGCCCCUUGAUCACAGAAAUAUUUAUUCAGUCAUACAGACCAGCUGCUUAUGUUUUUAAUGGUGUUAUAAACUGGAUCCAACUCUUCAUCCUUGGACUUGUGUUCCCUUUCAUUGUGGAAGGUCUUGGUAAUUUCUGUUUCAUCAUUUUCCUGACAUACUGUCUGUCCAUGGCUAUUUUUGUAUUCCUGGUGCUGCCAGAGACCAAAGGAAAGACCAUGCUGCAGGUCAAGGAGGAGUUCAACUGCCUCAACUACCGUGGAAAGAAGGGGCAGGCAGCCCUACAGCAGAGAAAGUGCUCAGUGGUGACUGUUACUAGGGCAGGGUUUCAAGGGGAAAUGCCUGGUUUCCUCUCAGACCUGGUUCAAUACCGGAGGCUGCUGCUAAUGAUUGUGCUGCUGGGAAUUGGUGGAACCCACCUCUCUGGUUUUCAAAUGUCUGUCAUCAAUUACACUUCUCUGUACAUUCAGAAGUUUGUCAACGAAACUUGGCUGGAGCGAUACGGUUCUGUGCUGCCUCAGGAGACCCUGAUGCUACUGUGGUCCCUCAUCGUGUCUGUGUACUGCAUGGGUGGGAUGACAGGGUGUCUGUGCAGUGGGUACCUGACUGCAAAAUUUGGAAAGAAGAAAAGUCUGCUGCUCAACAACGUGGUGCUAAUAACAGCAGCGCUGCUCACUGGCUUCAGCAGGAGAGCCAAGUCCUUUGAGAUGAUCCUGGCUGGGCGCUUCCUCGAGGGCAUCGCUGCUGGAAUACAUAUGAAUACCCAUGUUCAGUAUGCUGGAGAGAUCUCACCUAAGAAGCUUCGUGGAUUUAUAAACGUGACCUCCACAGUGUUUCUUGCACUAGGAAAAACUGUAGCACGAAUUCUUGGAUUAAGAGAACUUUUAGGAACUGAAGAUAUGUGGAACGUGCUAUUGUCCUUCUCUGGGCUGGUGGCAUUGAUUCAACUGAUCUUUUUGCCAUUCUUUCCUGAGUCCCCACCCUAUCUCUUCCUGCAAAAAGAAGACAAAGCUGGUUGCUUGAAAGCCAUGAAGCAACUCUGGGGAGAAGGGAAUUACCACACAGAAUUUGAUGACUUGAUGAAGGAAAAGGCUAUAACAAAAGGCACCAAAAUCAUGAAUGUCCUAGAGGUGCUGAGAGAACGAUCUGUGCACCCACAGCUGUGUACCAUGCUCCUCCUUUUGCUGAGCCUGCAGCUCUGUGGCCUGAGUGCAAUCACCUUUUACACCUCAGAAAUUUUUGAAACAGCCAACCUGCAGGAAAGCAUAAUCCCAUAUGUAUCAGUAGGAGUUUCAAUCUCUGAACUCAUCUCUAUCAUAUUCUGUAGCUCCAUAAUCGAUCAGUUUGGAUGCCGAGUUCUCCUGUGUGGUGGUUAUUUGCUGAUGGCACUGAUCCUGGUGUUGCUUGAAACAAGCCUUCUGCUGAGUGAUCAGUUCCUGUGGUUGCGGUACUGCAGUGUUAUUCUCAUCUUUCUGUUCAUCUUUGCUUAUGGACUAGGACCAGCUGGAGCUGUUAUGGCUGUCAUGAACGAAAUCUUCACCCUCUCAACAAGGGCCUCUGCUUUUGUAAUUGGUGGAAUCGUCAUUUGGCUAGGCCUCACCUUCACUGGAAUGAUUUUCCCCUUUGCUGUAAUGCUUCUUGGUCCUUUUUGCUUCCUCAUCUUUGUUGCUGUCCUGGUCAUUUCAGUGGUUCUUAUCUACCUGCUCCUCCCAGAAACAAAAGGGAAGUCAACCUCUGAAAUCACAGAAAAAUUCAAAACCUGCCGGUUUAAGAGGAAACGUCAUCAGGCUGUGGAGAUGAAUGCUGCUGAAGAAAAGACAUUUUGCACCAAGCUCUGAUAAACCACCAUAAAUAAUUUCCACUGUU